AUGUCGCCAUUCGUCUUCGCAGCCUCCAAAACGGCCCUCAUCACCGGAGGAGCAUCAGGCAUCGGCCUCGCCGUCGCCAAGAAAUGCCUCGGCCACGGGAUGAAGGUCCUCAUCGUCGACAACAACGAUGACUUCCUAGCCUCGGCACGACGCAGCCUAGGCGAAGACGUCUUGACCUCCAAAGCAGACGUCAGCAGUCUCGAGGAUUGGGCCCAUCUCAAGAAACGCGUCGACAGUGAUUUCAAGGGCCGCAUCGACUUCCUCUUCCUCAACGCCGGGAUACAGCCCUCCUCUAGCUGGGACGACCCCUCCACGUUUCACACAAUCUUUAACAUAAACCUCUUUGGCGUACUCAACGGCCUCGCAACCUUUACACCUGCCGUCUCGUCUUCCACCUCCCCCUCCGCCAUCGUAAUCACCGGCUCAAAACAAGGCAUCACAAACCCGCCCGGAAACCCAGCCUACAACGCCAGCAAAUCCGCCGUCAAAACCAUCGCAGAGCAUCUAUCCUACGACCUCCGAGAUUCAUCCACCGGCGUCUUCCUCCUCGUGCCCGGAUGGACCUUCACGAGCCUCGGACGCAGCGAAGAGGAGCGCGCAGGGGAGAAACCCGCUGCAGCGUGGACUCCUGAGCAGGUUGCGGAGUACCUCGAGGCGCAAAUGGCAAAAGACGAGUUUUAUGUGAUUUGUCCCGAUAACGAGGUGACGGAGGAGAUGGACGCCAAGAGGAUGCUUUGGGCCGCGCAGGAUGUUGUUCUGAGGCGGCCGGCGCUGAGCCGGUGGAGGGAGGGCUUCAAGGAGAGUUUCGAGGGCUGGGCGAGGUCUUGA